AUGUUUGCCCCAAAGACAUCUGCGCCUAGUGCGCUUUCUCUCAACACUACCUCUAAUUCUUUGUUCGGCAACAACACAUCCACAUCCACAUCCACAGCUGCCCCCGGAGCUACGAGUACAACCGGUGGUCUUUUCGGAAACACAGCUUCUACGCCCAAGCCAGCAACUAGCUUGUUUGGCGCGCCCGCAGCUGCAAACACCCAGACCCCAUCCACCGGAUCCAGCAUGUUCGGAGCUACACAGACAUCUGCGCCCAGCGGCGGCGGCCUUUUCGCCAACGCAGGUGCUGCAACUACAUCAGCUCCGGCUCCCAGUCUAUUCGGCGGCGCAACUGCUGGCGCUGGCACCAGCACCACCCAAGCAUCAACGGGCGGCCUGUUCGGCGGCGGCGCAUCCACAGCUCAAACUCAGCCUAAGCCGGCUUUCAGUCUCGGUGGACUUGGUGGAUCGACACUCGGACAGUCGACCACGGGCACAGGCAUGUUCGGCGGCGGUCAAAACACCCAGCAGCAGCAACAGCAGCAGCCGGCGAAGCCUACCCUCUCUUUAUUCGGCCAACCUAACACGCAACCAACACAACAACCACUCCAGCAGAGCACGGCCAACAACACGGUGAUCCCGGGCGUCAAGGUGGAUGUUAGCAACCUUCUCCCCACCACCAAGUACGAGAGCUGUGCCGACGAGAUCCGCAGUCAAAUCGAGGCUAUCGACAAUCAUAUUCUGAAUCAAAUGAAAAUGUGCCACGAAGUCGGCGAUCUGCUCCCCACUAUCGAAAAGCAGGGUGCAUCGAUCCCCAAUGACGUGGAGUUUGUGCAAGGGAAAUUGGAGACCAUGCAACAUGCGUUGGAGAACGAUGCUAGUGACAUCGACGGACUUCGCACCCUUGUCACACGGGACGCGGCCGAGGCUGAGGUGGCCUUCCGCGCCAUUGACACCCUGAAACUACCCUUGCAAUACCAGUCCAAUGGCGGUGGUUGGUGGUCUGGAACAGACCAAAACAUCCCCGAGAGGUCCAUGCGCUCUAGCCGCAAGAACACACUCGCUCUUCCCGAUGGAGUCGAGGGUGAUGCGUCCGCAACUUCUGUCAACGGCGUCCCAGUCAACCUAAUUGACUAUUUCUCACACCGCUCCAAGGAGAUGAAGGGUGUUCUAGGCAAAUACACUGGAAACCUGAAGGAGAUUGAAGAUCACCUGCACGGGGUGGAAGCUACUCUCAACCGCCAGAUCAGUGACUUUGUCAGCUCCAAGUCUCGUGACGGCGCUGGCGCAGCCCCGAAGUCUACUGUGAACGAACUUGCAGCCGUCCUUGCUGAUGUCGAGGCAGGCAUCAUGGGUGUUGCUACCCGAUUGAGCACUGUGUCCGAACAGGUGCAGGAUCUCUCUGGGCAGCAAUCAGGAGAUGCGCGGUUUCACCUUGGAUAA